AGUGCUGGGAAAGAGAGGCAACCUCAGCUUCAGCUCCUGUUCCCAAGCCUCACUGAGCAGAGCAUCCCUGAGCCAAGCCAGGUCCUGAGGAUGAAGGUCUGGGUGCUGACAGCCGCUGCCCUGCUGCUGGCACAGCUCUCCCUGGCCCCAGCACACGUAGAGGCACUGGGGGACGGGGCAGCCCUCCCAGCAAGGCAGCUUGGAGCUGGGGGCCCCACGGACAACCAUCGGCCAGCUGGAGAUGGAGGGGACAAUGAGGCGGAUGACAGCCACCCCCAGGUCCUGGCAGAGCACCACCCCGGCUCUGGGGUUCCCUGCAAGGCCACAGGCAGCGGCAUGCAGCACCCCCCCAGCAGGCCCCGCAGGAGCCCACCACAGCCGUUCCGCAGCAGGAGCCUGGGGCUGAGCCAUCACCUGAAGGGCUACGGGAAGUUCAACAGCGACACGCACUCCUGCCGCGGCAUCCAGAGCCGGCCCUGCCACAAGCCCUCGGACUGCAGUGGCUGCCUGGGGCUCUACACCUGCAGGCCACCCGGCACCUGCGGCCUGAAGGCCGUCUCCCGGCAGAGAGGUGAGCAGCACCUGUGGUACUGUGUGGGUUCUGUGCGGCCGCAAGGCCUCAGCCAGCAUGGCUGCUCUCUGGGCUUUGUCUUCACAGGGGGGUUCCUGCAGAGCAUCCAGGGGCAUGCCAUACCGGAGCAACGCAGCUCAGCAUGAAUCCGGAGGGACCGUCCUGCUGCUGAGACCAACAUCUGCUUGAGUUUCAUGUUCAGUCCUUCA